GCUCACCGUCUCUUUCUUCAGUGGCCGGCCACGAUGGCCACCUCAUCUUCGGGGGACUGAAAGGCAAACAAUGUGUCUGCAUGAAAGGGCGCUUCCACAUGUAUGAGGGGUACCCGCUCUGGAAGGUGACUUUCCCUAUCCGGGUAUUCAAGCUCUUGGGUAUCGAGACGCUACUGGUCACCAAUGCGGCGGGCGGCUUGGCAGAUUCCUACAACGUUGGCGACCUCAUGAUCAUCAAGGAUCACAUCAACUUGUUGGGCCUCACUGGGGAAAACCCUUUGCGGGGUCCCAAUGAGGAGCGGUUUGGUCCCCGCUUCCCUGCCCUCUCGGACGCUUACGACAGGAAGAUCCGUGCGCUGGCCCUGGAGACCGCUAGGCACCUGGGCUACACCUCCUUUGUCAGAGAAGGGGUCUACUGCAUGGUGGGGGGGCCCACCUUUGAAUCCGUGGCAGAGGCUCGGCUGUUACACUUACUGGGAGCAGACGCUGUGGGUAUGAGCACUGCAGCGGAGGUCGUUGUGGCCCGGCAUUGCGGCCUCCGUGUCUUUGGCCUCUCGCUGAUCACCAACAAAGUGGUCAAAGACUACAAUGCGAAGGCGAACGUUGACCAUCACAGCGUCUUGGAGGUCAGCAAGAGGCGGACGUCCAUGCUUCAAACACUACUCACUGAAAUAGUGGGCAGCCUGGACUGUGGCAAGUGGAAAGAAAUGGAGACCCACUACCAGAAUGGAGUCUGAAAGUAUCUCUAGAUGUUUAUGGUGGAGCCAAGGAAGCACAUGAGCAAUUGUAUGGGGCAACAAGUGGACCAGGCCGCCUUCCGCAAUCUAGACACAACGGGGGCCCGAAACCUAAACAAUAUCACAGCCCAACCAAAACAGGAUAGACCACAUGUAUAGGAUAGACCACAUCAGCUCUAGUUUCUUACACAUGGUUAUCAUGGUUUUCUAGGGGUGAGCAGAUGGCAACUGGAAGAUGGCAUACGUUCUGUAUCUCAAAAACUAGAGCUGAUAGGGGGAAAAUUGUGCAAUUUUUGUAAUCACCAGGUCAAAUAGACCCUGAAGUGGUGCUAACAUUUGAAACACCAAAAUGUAUAUUGGUCAGUGGUUUACCUUUCCUACUUUACUACUUCUUUACUCCUUCUUUAUGGUCCAUCUACACCAGGCAUGGGCAAACUUUGGCCCUUCAGGUGUUUUGGAUUCCAACUCCCACCAUGCCUAACAGCCUUUAUAAUUAUGAAUGGUUUAUCAGGAGAGGAAGGCCGAAUAGUAGAGAAGGUAUUAAAAUAUUUUGAAUUUAUCAGACAGGGAAAGACACAAGAAUAAUCCCAACGCUACUUCACCAAAAUUAUAAUGAAUAUCACAGGAAGGAGGGAACUGAAUAUAUAUUUGAAUUAAGCCUGAAAUGAGAGGUUUUGUAACUGUUUCUUCAAUUGGGGUACGCUGCCACCUUAUUGCUUAGUAUUCAGGCUGAGUUAUAUGUGUGGAGAGGAUACUUAGUAACACCCUUCUGUGUUACUAUGGUGUUUGUUGUCCUCGGAGGGUUUAAAUACCAGUGAUGUUCACACACAGGCUGUUGUAAUGUGUUAACUAUAAUAAAAUGUUUAUUUAACAGGCUUAAA